AUGAGAUACAUUAAGAACUCUAGCUACCUGCCCCCGUGCCCUGCUGAGCACAGGCCACAGAUGUAUCCCGUUUCCCGUCAUCUAUGCUAUGGAGGCUGUGAUAAAGAAAAUCAGAAGUAUCCAGGUUACAUCAGUGGGAACAUGUCAACAAAAUGUGGUCAAGAUCGCACAAGAGGCAUAAGCAAAAAGUUACGAUCUUUGGUACAGGAACACAAGAGCAGUAUCAGUAACCUUAUAAGUGAGUGUGAAGAAGCACUGUCCCAGCUGGGCAAGUACCAGGGGCAGGUGAGGGACUGGAAGAUCCAGCAUCACCAACUGCAGGACAGACUCUAUGAUCUGCUGGAGCAGAACAAGGCAGCAAUAGAGCUCCUGGAACAGGAGGAUACCAGUGUGCUGACUAUGACAACAGAAGGAGAGGCAGGAAAGAAGCAGCUGCAGACCAUGCUGGAGAACCUCAACACAGUCAACACUGCACAGGAGGUCGUCACAACCAUUGAUGAAGCUGAUCAGUACAAUGUGGAGGUUGAAGAUUGGAUCCAGAAGUGUCAGGAACUCUUCCCAGAUGUCAACACUGUCUACACCUCAGUAAAGGUACAGGAGACCAUUAAGAAGGCCCUGGACACCAUCACCACAGAGACAGGUGCCACAGCUGCCCCUGUUCUCCUGGGAGACUCAGCCACCACCAUCAUGGAGAAAGUUAAGAUAAUUACUGGUGAAAUCCCUCCAGAGACAAUAACUGUAAGUUGAAAGUCUUUGUUUAUU